UGGCUCUGCACCGGAAGUGCUUCUUUCUACCGUACGAGGUGAAAAUGGCGGCUCGCUGCAUGUGAAGGGGACACCGGAGCCGGCUGUAUGAACCGAGAACAUGUUUAAGACCCCAUGCAGCAGACUGUCAGGUUUGAUUGGUGUGAGCGUGAAAAGGAAAUUGGUUCAAAAUGUUCCUCGGUGUAAUCAGAGCGCUCGCAGCCUCAUUCAGCUGUACCGAAGAGACCCGACAAACUGGCUGACGUAUCAGCAUCUCAACUUCCUGAAACGCCAGUAUGUAACAAAGAACAAAAGUGAGCUUCACCAACGUGCCGUCCCGGAACAGGCUCCAGCCCUGACCAUCUUGGACGAGAGAGAAGACCACGUUGAGAGACAAGUGCAGAGAAUAUCAACUAUCGAUCCCGUGGUUUCGCAGCCAGAGGAUGUCACCAGUAAAGCACAGGCUGAAAUAUCUGACUCGAAGCCCACGGCGGAAGAUGUGGCGGCGCAGAAUGCUUCUGUGUCCAGCGCGGUUUCGAAACGAGACGAGACCCCCUACGUGCAUGUAGAGUCGGAAGAGGCGAAGGAGGCACGUCUAGACAGACAGUGGAAGGAGAUAAAGGUUAACGUGACUGAUCUGCCAGAUAUCUAUGCCAGGCUUGCCAAAGUCAAACUCACAGCACUGGUGGUCACAACUGCAGCGGCUGGCUUUGCGAUGGCUCCAGUGCCCUUUGACCCUCUACUCUUCUUCGUGUCUUGCCUCGGAACGGGCCUCGCCUCCUGUACCGCCAAUUCAAUCAACCAGUACUUCGAGGUGCCCUUCGACUCCAACAUGAACCGCACGAAGAACCGUCCGCUCGUCAGAGGACAAAUCAGUCCCCUCCACGCCGUGUCCUUUGCUCUCGCCUGCGGAGUUCCCGGAGUCGCCCUGCUCACGCUGGCGGUAAACCCCUUGACGGGCUUCCUCGGCGCCCUCAACAUCUUCCUCUACACUUGCUGCUACACACCGCUCAAGAGGCUCAGCAUCAGCAACACCUGGGUGGGAGCAAUCGUGGGCGCCAUACCUCCCGUCAUGGGCUGGACGGCGGCUACAGGUUGUCUGGAGCCAGGUGCCUUGUUGCUGGGUGGCUUGCUGUACAGCUGGCAGUUCCCUCACUUCAACGCGCUCAGCUGGAACUUAAAGGAAGACUACUCCCGCGGCGGCUACCGCAUGAUGUCCGUCACCCACCCCGGCAUGUGCCAGCGGGUUGCCCUGCGCCACAGCGUGGGCCUGAUCGGCCUGUCGGCCUUAGCGCCGGUGCUGGACGUCACCACCUGGACGUUCCCGCUCAUCUCCCUUCCCAUCAACCUGUACAUCAGCUACCUGGCCUUCCGCUUCUACCACAAGGGAGACCGCAACAACGCCCGCAAGCUGUUCUUCUGCAGCCUGUGGCACCUGCCCAUGCUGCUGCUGCUGGCGCUCACCUGCAAGAAGCCUCGCAGAGAUCCCGAGGACGCGGCUCUACCUUCAGCUUCUUCGGCUUCAUAGGGCGCACCGACAUUUCUAAAGACUCUUAUUUUAACUGAGACGGCUCCCUCUGUGUCUCCGCUCACCGCAGGAGGCUGCACGACGGACGUUAUUCCGCCGUGUGCUCAGGAAACGAGCAGCCGAUUUUACAGAAAACACACCGAAUCAUUACAUGAGUGUGUAAUCCUUUCAAUGUGUGUGUACUGUGUAUAUUCUGUAUUUAUUUAAAUAGAGGCCCGUGUUGUACAUGACUGACGAUUAUAAAUGAUCUUGAACACUGUAAGUUGCUCGUAUGGAUCCACACGGUUGCUCAUUGCAUUGUGCAAAUGCAGAAAUCUGAAUAUGAAGAGAUCACGCUGUCUAAUGUUUGAUUUCAGUCAGUGUAUGAAGAAUAGGACAAAUAUGAAGUCUACCUGGUCACACUGACGGGUCUGCCUUCAUUUAAAUAAUGCUUUAAUUCACCUCACAAUAAACACGCCAUGAUUGUA